AUGUGCUGUUAUCUGCAGUGUGACUCAUCAAUGAUGGAAACCCUUCUUGGAUUCUAUCCUCGAGAAUAAUUAUAAACUUGGUUUUCGUUAUAAUCAGUCAAGGUGUGAAGGAUCCACAGAAACAUGGGGAAAUUUGGCUAUUUAGCAAUGAAAACAGAUGAUGCAAGUACUGAUGAGAUCAAGUCCGAUUUCAAGGAAAUUGGGCUGGCUGUGAAAAAGCUUGGAACGCACACUGUGGGCUUACUAGGUGCAGGCCUUCUUACAAGCUUACUACAAUGGCUGGCAACUAUAGCUGCCAUAUACUUGUUAAUAUUGGACCGGACAAAUUGGAGGACACACAUGCUGACUUCACUUUUGGUGCCCUAUAUCUUCUUUAACUUGCCUUCAAUAAUCUUUAGCUUCUUACGUGGUGAAGUUGGAAAAUGGAUUGCUUUUAUUGCUGUGAUAUUAAGACUGUUUUUUCCCAAACGUUUUCCAGAAUGGUUGGAGAUGCCAGGAUCACUGAUUCUUCUAUUGGUUGUAACACCAGACUUAAUUGCAAAUUUUAGAAAUGGAUUUGUCGGUGUUAUUGCGAGUCUCCUUAUUGGCGCUUAUCUUCUUCAAGAGCACAUCAGGAGCCGUGGAGGCUUCAGAAAUUCUUUUGCAGAAAAACGAGGCUUCUUUAACACCAUCGGCAUAAUUUUGUUAUUUGUCUCGCCUUUAUGGGAGUUAAUAAAAUUGAUUUAGAGUUUGAGCUGUCUGGACUAUCAUUUGAUUUCUGCUGCCAUCAAGUUUGAUAAUUUCGGAUUGCUUGUGAAAACUGAAACUAUGAAUAUUUAAAUAAUUCAUCUGUUCGCAUGUAGUUAUGACGUCCCAGAACCACAUUGGUGUAUUCUCAUUAUUAAUUACUAAAGAAAGGUGUAUUGUACGUAGCACGUGGACAUUGCUAAGCUUGACAUUCAAUGAUACUUUCUUAUGCUA